UACAGUACUAUUUUUUGUAUUUACCUUGUGGAGGAACCAAACAAUUCUGCAUUCCGUUAGAGUGGCAAAAAUACAAAAAGAUGAUGAUGGUCAUGCCGAUAGCAACAUUUUGCAGAAACCAGAAAAUUGCUUCUAACUUGAACAAUGCAAUUUUUGGGUUAUAUUUGUAAAAAGCGGCGCAGCAGAUGAAGAAAAGGGUUAUAGAGAAGGAACUUUGUGUCAUAUUCCCCAUAUCAGGAGGCCAAGACAGUAGUUGCAAGAUGGCUAAGGCCGGAGGGGCCAAGUUACUAUAGAACAGUAGGACAUUUCUGUACGGGGAAGACCAAGGGCCUAAAAAUUUUUGUAGUCAAAAGAACCUAUCUUAAAAGUCUGUAUUAGGCGUCUCUGGUUUGACUUGUGUUACAAGUAGCAAGGAUGAUGCUGGGUAAAGACUAUUGAUGGGAUUCCAGAGAGCACCUACCUUGUUGCGGUCUUGCCAAGGCAAGGAAUCACAGAUGAACUGUCGCAAUAUAGUUAAAGGAUUUGGUAAAAAAGGAACUGAUGAGGAACUUCCAAGUCAGUCUCGCUCAAAGGAACACCCACGCACAUGUCAAAAAAGAAAAAGUAAAAAAGUAGCUGCUGCACUUGAUUCAGCUGUUCUGCUACGACGUUCUGCUCGCCUCCGUGGACUGUCAAAUAAAAGGAAUGGCAAAUCAGAUGGAAAGUUAAACUCGACUGACUUUGACUGCUACCUGGAGAACAUAUGGAGGGAACUACCAGAGGAUAAGAAAAGUUCAUUUGCAUACCUUGAGUCCAUGUGGUUUUAUUUAUACACAACCAAACUAUUCAAGCCUAAGGUGUUGAGGUGGAUUAAGGGGCUAGACAUAUUCUCGAAAAAAUAUGUUUUUGUUCCCAUCGUUCUCUGGGAUCAUUGGUGUCUUUUGAUCUUUUGCCAUCUCGGCGAAAGUUUAGAGUCAGAAUCCAAAACUCCCUGUAUGUUGUUACUUGAUUCACUGCAUAUGGCGGGACCCUUGCGAUAUGAACCUGAGAUAAGAAAAUUUGUUUUGGACAUUUUCAAAAAUGAAGAGAGGCCAGAGAGCCAGCAGCUGAUUAGGAAAAUCAAGUUAUUGAUUCCUAAGGUACCGCAGCAGACAAAUGGUACGGACUGCGGUAAAUUUGCUUUGUACUACAUUAGCCUUUUCCUAGAGAGCGCUCCGGAAAACUUUAGCAUUUCUGAAGGCUACCCUUACUUUAUGAAGAAAGACUGGUUUACUACUGACCAGUUAGAAAGCUUUUGGCUGGAAUUGCCCACUCUGACCAAGGAUUCUGAGGACAUGAAGAACACAGCAGUCUCUGGUGAAAGCUUCUCAGGUUCUGAGGAUGCUAUUAUAUAUUUGGUAUAGACAUUGUGGGUAAGAAGUAAAAUAGAGAGAUAUAUUGAUACUAUUGGAAGGACAAGUAACUAUGGGUCAUUGGGAUAUU